CCGCCCCAUCCCGCUGCUCCGCUCCUCCGCUGCGUGCGAGGGACGUCAGGGGCGGCGCCGCAGCAGUUACCCCUGGUAACGGGGAAGGCAGAAGGAGGAGGAGGCGGAGGCGGAGGAGGAGGAGGAGGAGGGACUCGGCUUGAGGAUGGGCUUGCUCUCUAUUUUGCGCAAACUGAAAAGUGCGCCGGACCAGGAGGUGCGGAUCCUUCUCCUGGGCUUGGAUAAUGCCGGCAAGACGACUCUGCUGAAGCAGCUUGCAUCUGAAGACAUCAGCCACAUCACACCUACACAGGGUUUUAACAUCAAAAGUGUACAGUCACAAGGGUUUAAACUGAAUGUAUGGGACAUUGGCGGACAGAGGAAAAUCAGGCCAUACUGGAGGAGCUAUUUUGAAAAUACGGAUAUUCUUAUAUAUGUAAUUGACAGCGCAGACAGAAAAAGAUUUGAAGAGACGGGUCAGGAACUAACGGAAUUACUGGAGGAAGAAAAGCUAAGUUGUGUGCCUGUGCUCAUCUUUGCUAACAAGCAGGACCUACUCACGGCAGCCCCUGCCUCCGAGAUCGCCGAAGGGCUCAAUCUACACACCAUCCGGGACCGAGUCUGGCAGAUCCAGUCCUGCUCAGCUCUCACAGGCGAGGGCGUCCAGGAUGGCAUGAACUGGGUCUGCAAGAAUGUCACCGCGAAGAAGAAAUAGUCUAGAGCAGUGGAGCUGCAGGAGCCACAGGAGCCGCAGGAGCUGUGAUGGGCCCGCAAAGCACUGGUUUGCUGUUUUCUGACCAAACGCUUUCUCAUCUGUGCACAGCGACCGCUGUGUGGCGAGAGGGGACACCAGCUUCAGAAGAACCCCUUUCCAGCGUAGGCUUUAACCGAUCUCCAAGGUUCAGUAUCGUUUUUCAAAUAAAGGAAUUAUAUUAUUUCCUCUGCAUAAUUGAAAUAGUAUUAAAUGUCUCAGAGCACAUGAUCAGGAAUGGGUAAGAGCUUGCGCUGCCGUUUAGACAAUUCCAGUGGGAAGAAGAAGCUGCUGCUGCUGCUUGUGCGGCGUCCCUUUAUUUACUGACCUGUCCCUUCACUCCCCUGGGGUUUGGAAACCACAUGCAUGGCAGUGCUGGGUAGAGAUUUGAUUUUUUUUUUUUUUUGUCCUCAUCCCCAACUGAGCCAGGGCUUUAGUAUCUCCAGCAGGAAGCUGCUUGGGGAAGCAAAGGAUAGCAGAUGAUUAAACCAUCUUGUCAGGUAGGUAAGACACUGUAUGUAAUCCCCACUUUAUGGGCAGAAGAAAAAAAUCCUUGCAAACAAGUCACUACAGAAACAUCCCCACUCCAGCCCCCUAUCCCCUCACCCCUGCCAGCCAUGCAGGGAAGCAGAUUCUUAUGACUUUUGACUGUAAUGACAUCUGGAAUGUAAGAAGAGGUGGGAGGUUUAAUUCCAGAAAAAUUACAAGGUCCUUAAAAAGCCCUCACAUCGAGAGCUCGGGCUAGCGUAAACAGGCUUUCUCCAGCUCAGUGGAGCAGGGCACAGUCGACUCCAGGUUAGCUGACUUCUCCACGGCAGUUCUGUAGAGGGGAUUUCUAAAGCUCAAAGAAUUCUGUGUUUAAAUGAUCACAAUAGGCUGAUGCUAUCAGAUUUUAAAAAUAAAUGCAGCUUUGCCAUGAACCUGCCCCACUGAGAAAAGCCAGGCGGAUCGAUUUUGAGAAGAGAUCAAUUUUUACUGUGCUGGCAACUCGGUGGUGUGGGAAGCGCAUGGAUGGAAAUCAUCUGCUGCCGGGGAACAUGGGAUGUGAUCGCAAGGCUUGUGCCCAGGGAAGCCACUAACCCCAUGCUGCUCUCCUCUACUUCUUUCCAGCAAAAAACGUGGUGUUGGCUAAUAGGGAGGGGUGCAAAAGCCCUGCCCUCCCCCCAUCGCAAAAGGAGCGUGUUUCCCUGAGCCCUCAGAAAUCCCAGCCUCAAACCCCAAAAGCAGGCCAGAACAUCGCCUGCUCCUGAAUCAAACUCUGUUCUGGGCAUGAGCUCAGGGCUUUUCAGAGAAUAAAUAAGAGACUAUCCAAUGCCUGGUAGGUCCAAGGAGGCCAGCUGCCUUCUCAUCCUGGGAGGUGGCCCUUUCCAAGUCCACCGUGAUGUGUGAGCGAACAGAAAGUGCCACAGAAGCCCCUGCCCCAUGGUACCCACCUUACUCUGGACCCUGGAGAGGGAGAAGCUUGUGCAGUUUGAAAGGGACCCGAGAUGAAAAGUGGUAACAAAGCCUGGGGAGCGGACAGGCAGGCCUGUACGGGCUUGCAAGACAAAAGAAGGUGGGGAUUUUAAACCUCAGGCUAGUUAUGCCUGCCACCUCUUCCAUUGACUUCUCUGCUUUGAAGGGUGGCAGACAGAGCUAUAAGGAAUCAGAAAAGCCCUUUCUCCAGCCUCCAGAUGGAGCUUUGGCCUUGAGACUUGCUCUUCCUUCCAAAUAGUGCCCCAGGAUGUUAUCUGAAGGGCUGCAUGCCUGCUUUGAGGCCUGGUUUUGGAAUGCUGCAGCGGAGACUUUGACUCUGCAAAAGCAGGAUCUAUAAAAUACGUUUGGUCUCUUAGCACCAACUAAAGGAACUGUUCUAAAGAGCUGUCCCCAGGCCCCAGCUAGCAGGCAGAGCUGCUUGUCCUGCUCUCAGGGAAACCUCUGUGAAUGUCCACGUUGCUUUUCAGCCAGAGACACCAGAGACAACUGUGGCUGUCAGAGGCUUUCAUCUUUCCUGUGAGCCCUGUUGAGCCCUCCGGGGGCUCGGGGUAGAUGAGAGGGGCUUGGAAAAUGCAGAGUUCGAAAGCUCCCAUUUGUAAAAACAAAAUGCUUGUAAAGUCCUCUUUCCUCUCUAAGGUGCCACCCGUGCCCCCUGUGGCCAUGACCAGAGUACAGAGUCUGAAGCUAGAAAGGGGGUACCCCAGCCCUGUGCCUCCCCCAUCCCAGUGAGGCCUGGUAAGACUUUUGCUCUGCGCACCAUUGCAUCUGAAUGUGCAGGGGGCGAGGGCUGAGGCCAGAGGGCAGGCAAAGUCCACAGUGUAUACUCAAACCAGUUGUGGGAAAAACUGAGCCCCCCUCCCACCCUCCCUGUGUGGCUGCUGUUGGCUGGAUUCCCUUCGCCCAGUGCAGUACACCCUUUCCCCUUCGCUCUCCCUCGGUUACUAUGGAAACAAGGGUGUCAUUGAUGUGGGCUGAGCUGGGGAACAUGUCGGUGCACAGCUGAAAGUCAGCGAUUAUGCCGGCGGUUAGCUCUGCCCGGUAGGAAAGUCCACAGCCCGAGAUGCUGCACACAAGGACAGUCUUGCCAGCGUGCCUCCCCGCCCCCCCCCCAUCCCCUAGCUUUGACGAUUUCUUUAUUCCCCUCCGGACUAAAGUGGUGGCUAUUUUUAAUGCCACUCUGUGCCCCACCCUCACUGUUGGCCGCUCCUUUUCCGGCCUGGCCUGGAGGGUGACACCAUGUCACCCUCUCCAGGACCUGUGCCUCCAUUCCCAUCUGCAGCAUGCUUUGAUCCCCCUUCCUCUCCUUCUCGGGACGCUUCUUCCUUUAUUUUUAGCUCUGCUCUCCAUGUGGUUUCAGGGUUCAGUGUGAUCCAUCGAAAGGUUCUUUUUUUAUAGUCCCUUUUGAAAAUGAUAAUCAAAGGAAGGAUAUGGUGUUUGGUCAUGUGGAAAGCUCAAUGUAUAAUUUAGACGUCUGUCAAAACUGCGACAAAUAAAAUGUAGCUGAAAUGAA